AUCCAUUGACUUGACCCAGAGUGAUUAGUGGUGGUGGCGGUUGGUGGCAAAGUGGGUAGUGAGUAUUCAAUCCACGUAGCCGGAGACCUUCGGAGCAUGGGUUGGUGAAAACCCAUUCGACCGGUGUAGCAUCCUCACUCCUCGACCAACAUCGUGGUUCAUUUGCACGGAUAUUUGAUUUCAUAUUCUUUCAAUUGAAGUUGAUAUGCUCCCGAUCCGUGCAACUGUGAUUGCGAAGAAGAUCUAUAUGAUGAUUAUAUGAUGUUUGCUUGUUAAAUGUGCACAUAUAUUCAGGAAUAGAUCUGGGCAUUUCACUUUGUUCACUUAGCGAUGUCUUCAUAUGAGGAACUCUUUUCACGAGCCAAUCCUGAUGAAACCAUCAACAAAAUCCCUAAUGCCUUUGCCACCUUGCUUGUUCGUUUCUUUGAAGUCAAGCGCUUUAUAAAGCAGUGCAGCGACAGUAACAUCCUAACUGACAGAAAUAUUGGCAUUAGUAAUUUGAACAACAACAGCAGCAGUCGUUCCCCUAAUGAUGUACAUUUGCGCAAUAAGUUAGGCGAGGAUCUCAAUCAAAUCAAUGAAGCCUUCCACCAACUUGAGCAACUUGUUCGUGAACCAAUCAAGAACUUCGAAAGCAGCCUUAGUGACUUCUUCAAUGAGCUUCAGCGAGAUCCUAGAGUUUCCUUAAUGACCGAGCAAGUUCAAGCCAAGGUUAAUGCACUCGAGAACCAUGUGAUGAAUUUCAGGUUCAACAUUCUGUUGGAGCUGCACAGAAAUAUUGGCAUUAGUAAUUUGAACAACAACAACAGCAGUCAUUCCCCUAAUGAUGAACAUUUGCGCAAUAAGUUAGGCGAAGAUCUCAAUCAAAUCAAUGAAGCCUUCCACCAACUUGAGCAACUUGUUCGUGAACCAAUCAAGAACUUCGAAGGCAGCCUUAGUGAGUCCUUCGAUGUGCUUCAGCGAGAUCCUAGAGGUUCCUUAAUGACCGAGCAAGUUCAAGACAAGGUUAAUGCACUCGAGAACCAUGUGAUGAAUUUGAGGUUCAACAUUCCGUUGGUGCUGCACAGCAUGUCUUCCACAAGUUCUGAUGUUCAUCGAUAUUUAUGGAAGAAGGAUCUCAGUAGUGGAGUUGAUAAAUUGCCUGGCUUACACCUGGGACAUAAGUUUCUUUAUAGUUCAGUUUUCACUGAAUUUAAGGAAGCUUUUGAGGAUCUUGAUAUCAAGUUGAAGCACUGCUUGUUGUGCUUUGCUAUAGUUCCAGAGAAUGUGGUGGUAAAGAAGAGGCUUCUGAUAAAUUGGUGGGUCGGAGAGUGUUUAGUGGAUCCUCCAGAUACUGGAGAAAAGACUGAUGAAGAAAUUGCUGAUGAGAUUCUCAAGGAACUCAUUUCGAAGGGCUUUAUUGAGGCUGUUAAAGAAAGGCACAAACUGGUGGCGAACAGCAGAAAUUAUUUACUGAAGGCUGAGGAUGGAACUCCAGAGCAGUUAGCAAAAACUAAUUUACAGCUGGAAAAACUGCAAACUAUUUUCAAUGUCAAUGAUCCUUUUCCCUUUCUGAAAUUUGAUUGGUUUUCAAAGAUGAAAAAUGUCAAAGUUCUUUAUUUGGGAAGGUGGCAAAGUUCAGGUAAGUAUCACAUUGAAGUAGCGAGCACUGAGUUUUUGAAAGGGUUGAGGAAUAUGAUACGUUUAAGGCUUUUGAGCGUACAAGGAAUCUCUGGAAUUACUGAACUUCCCGAUUCUGUAGGCAAGCUAACAACUUUGAGGAUCUUAGAUCUCAAAGCCUGUCACAAUCUGGAGGCACUUCCGGACAAAAUAGCUUUACUCAAGCAGCUGACACACUUAGAUAUAUCAGAAUGUUACUUGCUAGAUGGCUUGCCCAAGGGGCUAGCACAUCUCUCAAAACUCCAAGUCCUCAAGGGGUUUCUUAUUGGUAAUUCAAAGAGAGGAAGCCUAUGCACUCUUGAAGAUUUGAUAGGAUUGAGGAAGUUGGGCAAGUUGAGCAUCAAUACAAGCAGCAAGGCUUUCCCUACAAAAGAAGAGCUACAGGCCUUAAGCAAGUUGGAGGCGCUUCAGAAGCUAGCAAUAGCAUGGAGUAUGAUGAAGGAAGAAAAUGGCGGCACUGGGAACUCAGAUGACAAAGGAGAUAAUACAAGGCAACUCCGUGGAGCAGCAAAACUAAAAAAAACAGUGUUACGCAGAUUAUCAACACUGAAAGAUCCUGAGACACCAGAGCCUCUAUCAAAACUGGAGAAACUUGUAUUUCAGUGCUUUCCUCACGAAGAACUACCUGGUUGGCUGAUACCUGGAAAACUGCAGAGCCUAAAGAAACUUUACAUCAGAGGAGGAAAACUCAAAAAUUUAGGCGAGACAAAGGAAAACGAGAAGUGGAAGGUUGAGAAUUUACGUUUGAAGUACUUAGAAGAAUUUAAGAUGGACUGGGAAGAAGAACUUUCGCCAUCAUUCCCAGAUUUGAUUGUCUUGGAGAAGGAUGAGCGCACUGCUAUAACUUCCUGCCCAUGUGAUGAGAAUGGACUGUGGCUGAAGGAAUCGAGCACUGACAGCAAUACAUUAUGAAUCCACCUAGUGAUUUCUCUUUCAAAGAUUGGACAAUAUUUAAAUGUUGUAUGUUUCUAGUUAAUUCUCUUUCAAUUUAUUCCUGCACAAAAAUGUGUGUUGUAAUGGAUUUUACUGAGUUGUUAUUUUCUUGCAUAGCCUUCUUUACAUCAUCUAGAAUGAGCUUUGGUUGCAUCAGACCUAUGUGAAUCGAUCUUUGCAAGUUAAUUGCUCUGUUCAGCCCAUGGAUGUCUCUCUCUCCAGUCUCAACCCCUCCCCCACAAUUUUAUUGGCAGUGACAAAUCACUGUAUUUAAUUUGUCUUGUUUACUGAUUCAUAAAAGGUUAUUUAACAUUGACUGAUGGUAGGUACCACUUAGAAAAUGAUUUUUUGAAUGACUCUCAGCAAAUGAUAUUAGACAAUGAUCCUUGAUUAAGCCAUUUAUAAUGCAUGCAUCGUGAUAACUGUGUCAUGCCCACCAAUGGCAAGAUAGUAAAGUUGUUUUAUUGCUUUUUUUUUUAAUUUAUAGUUUUAAAUAUUAUAAUUAAUCCCGUGCAUAGCAUGGGUCUUCGGCUAGUUAAGCAUAGCCUCACAUCUGCCACAUAAGUGGUAUUUUAAUUAUAAAAUAACAAAAAAAGAGUUGUCAAAGUACAUCUCUUUCUCCCUGUAUAAUUGUUGUUAAACUGUUAAUCAUAUAGCUUAACAUAUUACCAUUCCAUUAAAUAUAUUUUGUUUCUAUUUUCAUUUGAUUUUUCAUGUUUGAAGACAAAUGUUUAAUGAAGGUAUUCAUUUAAACAUUAAUUAUUUCUGUAUUAUUGUUAUUUGCAUUCUAAUUUAGGAAGCACGAACACUUUAUUUAGGAUGUCAUACCUGUGUUAUAUCUGUGUCGUAUCAUGUCAUACCCGCUGUUUCAUGUUUUAAUUUUUAGAAAUUGCGCAUGUCACCAUGUUGUACCAUGUCCAUGUCCGUGCUUUCUAAAUUCUAAUUCAAAGUAUCCGGUCAGUCGUACACUCAUACAACAAAUUCAAUUUAAACUCCACCAAAAGAAGGGUUUUUCCUUUUUAAUCGCUACACUACAGCAAUCCUAACCAUUGACAAGCUCCAUCUGCCUAUACUAAUUUAUGUAGAACUUCAACUUCUCAACUCUAUUUUAAUCGCUAACUGGAAACAAACCUCCUCUCGUCUCUGUUAACUGCCCUUCUUAUAAUUCUAAUCAUCACUGCAGAUAAGUAUCUCAAAAUCAGGUUGGUAAAGUGAUAUACUUAGUUUGUUUAUUGGUUUAAGUGCGUAAACAGAUUGGAAAGCCACACUUGCUCAUAUUGGAAUUGGAGUAACACUGUUGCUGGAUCAUUUUCAAAAAAACAAUCAGGUAUUUCGUUGAAUUCUUUUUCUAUGUAUAAGUUUCUACCAGGUUUUGUUUGAUUUGUAGAAGAUUUUUCUGCAGAAAUCUCUAUGCUUUCUUAAAUGAUUGUUCUGUAGGUUCAUUGGAUUAAAAGCACAGCUUGAAAUACAGAGUUUAGAAAUGCACUCGAUUUCAGAUGGAUUAUACAUUAUGAAUUUAAGUAUAAAAAAUGGAUGAAUUGAAACAUAAAAGUUAAAAUAAUUGGAAUUAGUGAAACCAAAAUUACUCAGGCGUGUAUUUCUGUAAACGGGCAUGAAACAUGGCAUUGGAAACUUUGUAGUAUGUUAUUUUCCUUACUUUUCAAAAUGAUGCCAAGUGGAAAUAGGUGGGGACUGCUAUAAGACUACUUAAUUAUCCUUGAUAUUUGAAUUUUUUUUUGAAAGAUCAUACACUCUAAAGGUUCAUACAACUCCUUUAAGAUUCAAUCAUUUUCUGUUAAUCAAAUACCCAACUUUCUCUUGUUUUCUUUUGUUAAAAUUCUGUUAAGUUUCUCAAUGAUUUGAUUCUGUAUGCAGAUAUGACACAAGGUAAGAAUUCUAAACCAGACAAGAGUUGGUGUUUUUUCAAAAAAGAAGCUGAUUUAGUCUAUCAAAAUACAAGAAAUCUUCAAUUUGCACACAAGAUACUACAAAUGUUACAAGUUUCAUCUUCUACUAGUACCUUUUUGAGGAUAGCUUCAGCUUUAGGGCAACUGCUUGUUCGGGUGAUCUACCACUACCUUAUAAGUUAUAAUGCAUCAGUAUUUUGUUCAUAUCAGAAUAUUGCAAGGAUUCAGUGCCCCUAGUAGAAAAUAUUGUUACAUUGAGGAAAUGAUUGCAAGGAAGAACUGCACCCCAAGGCUUUCUCACAACAAUGUUCUCUAGAGGAAGUUAUUCAGGACUGGACAAAAGAUGGGCUUUUGGGUACAAAUAGAAGGUGAUGUUUCCAAAUUGCUCUCAGAAUUUGAAAUCGGUCUCCAUUGAUUAGCUAGAGCAUUGGAGUAAAGUUUCAGUUUUCUUCUUUUUCCCACAGAGGUGUUUUCCAUUGAUCAGACUGCUUAAUUUUGUUUUAAUUGAAAUCUUGGUGAUUCAUCUAUUUUACUCACUACUGAUUGGGUCUGAAAAUCAAAGUUCAUAUGGAUGUUUGAGAAUAUUUAUGUUCACCCAUUCGAAUUUUGAAAUGUAUCUUAAGUUAAUUAUGGUGAAACAUAAUGUUAAAGUUGUAUUUGAUGUCGUUUUAAGGUUGCUUCA